AUGCCGGGUAAGUGCCACUUCCAAGAGAUGUGGUUGGAAGAAGAAGGAUGGAGAACUUGGCUGAGAAAAGGCAAAGAUAAAUUUUUUGGUUUUUGUUCUCUUUGUAAAAAACAAAUUGAUGUGUCCCACUCUGGUGUGAAUGCAAUAAAAAGCCACGAGAAAGGCAAGAAGCAUAGUGAAUUUUCCAGUUGCCUGAAAUCUGGAAAACAAAAAACUUUGUCUUCCUUCAGAGCUAUACCCAUGGAUACUGACGGGCCUUCCAUGAGUGUUCCUCAGGCUAAUACACCCAGUCCAUCUUUGCCAGAACCUAAGCCUAGCACGUCUGCUUCUAGCCAAGAACAUACUGCUGAACCAUCAAGGCUGUCAACUUUCCUAGUUAAUGACAGUGUGACAAAAGCAGAGAUUGUGUGGGCAACUCACUGUGUUUUCACACAUGCUUCAUCCCGCUCGGGAGAAUUAGCAGUGAAGCUGUUUCCCAUUAUGUUCCCAGAUAGCUCUCUAGCCUCUAAAAUGAAAAUGCAUAAGGAUAAAAUUGCAUACAGCAUAACAUAUGGACUUGGACCCCAUUUUGCGAAAUGUGUGUCACAUAGUGUUCAGAAAAGCCCAUUUUAUGCUUUGUCAAUUGACGAAAGUUUAAACGAUGUUUGCCAAAAGGGGCAAAUGGACAUUGUUGUAAAGUAUUGGGAUGCAGAAAACAGUUGUGUUUGUACAAAAUAUCUAACAUCUGCUUUCCUGGAGCAUUCAAAAGCUGCAGAUUUGCUCAAUAAUCUUAUUGUAUGCAUUGGAGAAGCUGACCUGUCUCUAGGAGGCUUGGUGCAAAUUGCAACUGAUGGACCCAAUGUUAAUUUGAAACUGAUUUCCGACCUGAAAAGUUACAUGAGAUGUACUCUUGACAGCGAAAAAGAAAUCUUGGACUUAGGCACCUGUUCAUUGCACAUUGUAAAUGGUGCAUACAAAACAGCUCAUGCAAAAGUUGGUUGGCAACUUAAUGAGUUUCUUAGAGCACUUUACAGUCUUUUCAAGAACUACCCAUCUCGUCGUGCAGUUUAUCAACAGAUCACUGGCUCCAGAAUGUUCCCGAAAAAGUUCUGUGCCAUACGAUGGACUGAAAACUCAUCUGUGAUGAAAAGGUGCUCAGAAAUUAUUCCACAUCUGAAGAAAUACGUUACAGACAAAGAGAUUGAAAAGAAUCCUCCAAACUCCCAGAACUUUCAUGUGGUAAAGAAGGCCUUGUUGGAAGACCCAGUACUAGAAGCUAAGCUACAUUUCUCUGCCAUGAUAUCUGAAGAGCUGGAAGAAUUUUUGACAUGUUUUCAGAGAAACGAUCCCCUACUGCCUUUUCUUUAUCAAGAAGUUUUCCAGUUGAUGAAGAACAUUGCGAGUAGAGUGUUUACAAAAUCUGCAAUGGAAAAGGUUGUUAGUGCAUCCCAGUUAAAACAUUUGAAUGUCAAAAAUGAGACUGACCUAAGAAUGCCAGAUUCUAUUGAAAUUGGUUUUGGAGCAACAUUUUGCCUAAAGAAAGUAAAAGAACUACACUCUCUUAGAUUUAAAGCAGAUUGCAAACAGUUUUUGUUACAGUUGUUUUCCAAGCUUGAAGAGAAAAGCCCUUUAAGGAAGCGAAUUGUGCUUGGGUCCACUUGCUUAUCUCCUUCAGUGAUUGUCAAAGAUGUCAGAACCUCGAGGGCCAAGAUUGCCAUUGAAGAACUUAUUUCUCUCAAUCACCUGUCACCAGCAGAUGGGGAUGUUGUGUUAAGAGAAUAUGCUAAGUUUUGUGCACUUCCUGAAGUUCUGAAAGCAACAAAGUUCUUUAACUGGAAAAAGGAUAGCCUAGAUAAGUUUUUGUUUCAACUGCUAAGCUCGGCAAUGGAGAAUGCCCAUAACCUGUUUGUUUCUUUCAUUCAGCGUUUUUUGAUUUGCUUUCAUGGUAAUGCAGCAGUUGAGAGAAGUUUUUCUUUCAAUAAGGAGUUCUUAGUGGAAAAUCUUCAAGAGAAAUCUUUGGUUGCCCAAAGACUUGUUCAUGACCAUGUGUCUUCUCUUCCAGGUGGAAUUGAAACUUUUUCUCAUACUAUAUCUAAACAGAUGAUUUUAAACUUCAGAAAUGCUGCAUCAAAAAGAAGAGAUGACCUGAUGAAGAAGAAGAUUAAAGAGGAUGAAUCUGUGAAUGCAAGGAAAAGAGCAGCACAUGAAAUUACGCUCUUAGAAUUGAAAAAGAAAAAAGUGCUGGAAGAAAAGAAAGAAGAACUCUUAGAAAUAGACAGGGAUUUGAAAAAACUUAGGAACAAAAUAUGUUUAUAAAUGACAGACUAUAUU